AAAUGUGUUGAAAUGAGAAGAUAGUGUGUGUUGUUGCCACGGCGGAGAUGAAGAUCAGCUGUUAGAGGAAGUGAUGCAGGAAAAAUGCCUAUAAUGUAGCUGCACUCAAUGACUGGAAGGGGGAAGCACAAAGAAACUGGCUGCUGUGGUCCGGGAGGGUCUUUAAAACUCACUCCAAAGAGAGAGCACAAUUCAAAAUGGAUGCUAAGGCACAUUCUGCACUGUGGAUGUCAAGGACGCAGUGAUGGAGCAGAGUAGAGAGACACUUUGAUCUGUGGCCAGUGCCAUCUGACACACCUUUUGGUUUCUAUAUCUAGCACUACAAGACCUGGAUUGUAGCAGAUUUUGGCACAGGCCUGGGGGUAUGUUGAGACGUCUCACCGGGCCAGAGCAGAGGUGUCUAGGUGGUUCGGAAGGGGACUGAAGGAGAGGAGGAAAGACGGACCAGGGAGGACGACAUGGGCCAGUGUGUCACCAAGUGCAAGAAUCCAACGUCCUCACUCGGCAGUAAGAGUGGAGACAAGGAGAGCAGUUCCAAGUCCUACCACAAGAAAGGGAGCAGCAGCAGUGGUGGUGGGGGCCAUAAAGAAGAGCCCAACGCCCCAUCCAGCAAAGCCACCAGCGAGCUGUCGAAUGGCACCAAGGCCUUAGAAGUUACAGUGGAGACACCCGUCAUUUCCUCAGUGAUGGGGGAGCCACGCAAGGAGGAGUAUCUGGAGGGCGAGAAGCUGUCCCUGAUGCGCAUUGAGGAGCUUUUCUACUGCUACAAGGAUGAACAGGAAGAUGCCAUCUUGGAGGAAGGCAUGGAGAGAUUUUGCAACGACCUGUGUGUGGACCCAGCAGAGUUCCGCGUGCUUGUUCUUGCCUGGAAGUUUCAAGCAGCCACCAUGUGCAAGUUUACAAGGAAGGAGUUUGUUGACGGCUGUAAAGCCAUCCAGGCCGACAGCCUCAAAGGCAUCUACUCGCGUUUCCCCUGCAUGCUGCUGGAGGCCCAGGGUGAGGAGAACUUCAAGGACUUGUACCGCUUUACCUUCCAGUUUGGCUUGGACGCGGAGGAGGGACAGCGCUCUCUGCAGCGAGACAUCGCCAUUGCCCUUUGGCGCCUGGUUUUCACUCAGGACUCACCCGCGAUCCUCGAGGAGUGGCUGGACUUCUUAUCGGAGAACCCCUCAGGUAUUCGGGGUAUCUCAAGGGACACGUGGAACAUGUUCCUCAACUUCACCCAGGCGAUAGGGCCUGACCUGAGCAAUUACAGUGAGGACGAGGCCUGGCCCAGCCUCUUCGACACCUUUGUGGAGUGGGAGUUGGAGCGCAGGAAAAGGGAGGAUCAAGCACUGAUGGCAAAGGAGGAGGAGGGGAGGAGUACCGACACAGAGUGUUCGCCUACAACAGACAGACUUGAAACAGAGGGAAGCCGCGGCUCACAGACGUGGGGGGGCCACUGACAAGAAAAUAAGAGAUAUUUGUAAGAGAGGGAAGGAAAUGACCUAUAAGUGAACUGUACAUCUGUGAAUCAUUGGAUAAAUAUUAGUAUUACCAUUACAGCUGAUCAUUUGCUCUCCUUUUCUUUUGGGUGGAGAUUCCUGCUUUACAAGUUUUUUUUUCCUUGGUUUUUGAAAGGGCUCUAUGAACUGUUUUGUUUUAAGCACUUCUUAUAUUUAAGUUAUUGUUUUAUUUUAUUUUUUUCCCCCUCCUCCCAUGUGUGUUUUUAGUAUAUGGACGUGGUCCAUUUUAACCCACACCAAGCUAACAUUACCCAGCACAGUGAGCGAAGGCUUUAGUUUCAAAAGCAGACAACAGAAAGCCAUAACCUUUCUUCACAAUUACCUUCUAGACAGUUGUUGUAGUCAUUAAUAAAAACAAAAAAGGGACAUUAAUUUAGGCUACCAAACAGGAGAUUUGUCUUAACACGUGGUUACUGAAAUUGUCUCGAUUGGAGUAAUUUAGUGAGAUGUUGAAUGUUUUUAACUUGGGGUGAUUUGAGGAUGAAUUGCUGUAAUCACUGGUAUUGCCUUCACAGCCAUUAGCCUUUUAUAAUAUGGCAAAUAGUAUCAGAAUGCAAUUGUUUCACCAGAGUGUUUUUACAUAAAAAUACAAGUGAUUUACAUCUGCAUCCUAUAUUCAUAAAAGUUGCUUUAUCCAUUUAAAAGCUAAAGCAGAUUUCCUUAGUAACAGACCCACACUAUUUCAUGUGUUGUGAGUGUUUUCGAGAGCUACUAGUACAGUGAGUGGCUUGUUAAAGCAGCUGGCUGUGCUCUUGUUUGAGCUCUACCAUAUUGAUGUCCACUUAUUUUCAAGAAGCGGUUAAUGGUAUACAACAUAUAUGAUGCUGGCUUAUUUCCGAUUCAUCACUGAGCUCAUUUUUAGGAAAUCUGUGUGAGUGGGCUAAAGCUAGGUCUCGGUCAUUUCUGGACAGACAGUCGCGCAAACAUGUUACAUUUAGGAUCAUUACACUGGGCGACACACAAAGCUUGUAUUGUUUACCUUCGGGAGUUCACAAGCCUUGAACUUCCGAUACAGAGAAAAAGGGAGUGUGCAACACUUCACAAUUAAUGCUAACUGCUGCUAGUGAUGAUGGUUAUAAUGGAAUGCACAAAAAACAAUGGCAUACUAAGUCGCUACACUUGCAACACUUUGCAGAGAGAGAUUGAUGUCAACCGCAUUAUUUCCAUUUUUCCAAACUGUAAAUUGAGCUUAUGUAUAGCCUCUAGGGUGUUAUGGGAUGAGUGAGCGAGCGUUAACUUGACAUGCUAAUCAAAAAAAGUCUGCAAUAUGGGUCCAGUGUGAUAAAAAGUGGGUUGUCAUAACCUGAUCUGUUUGGUUUACAUCUACAAUGGUUUUAUUUCAGACCCCCCCCCUGUGUCUUUUUAUAUAAAAUGUAUUGAUUUAUAAGAAUAAAAACAGUGUUGAACUUUUGACUGUUGA